ACUCCUCAUUCUGAAGAUCAUCUCAUCUGUGAACAUCAUCUUACGUGGACAUCAUGGAGAUGGACACCAUUUAUGAAAAUGUUGAAGAUGUCAAAGAUGAAGGAAAAGCUCAACAAAACAGACGCAGUUGUUUGAUGUUGGCGACGGUGAUUCUCGGCACUAUUUGUGUAAUUCUGCUGGUCUUCGUCAUUCUGCAGCACACCCGGGCUGGUUCUAAUCGUCUUGGUUUGUUUUUCAUUUCCAAUAAUACGAUGAGCUGGUCUGAGAGCAGGCAGUUCUGCAGGGAUCGUGGAGCUGAUCUGGUCAUUAUUAACACUGAAGAGAAGCAGAGGUUCAUAUCUCCAUUUGUCGAGGACUUUCUGUGGAUCGGUUUGACUGACGAAGAGAUCGAGGGCAACAUGAAAUGGGUGGAUAAUUCUCCACUAAAACAAGGGUUUUGGGUUGACGGUGAGCCCAACAAUCUUAAUGGUGAAAACUGUGUGAUUAUAGUUCCUGUAGAAAACUUCCUGAAGAACUGGAAUGAUGUCCCAUGCACAUUCACAUUUAAAGCCCUUUGUGAAAAAUAGAUUUCACCCAGCUUUGCAUUGACUUUACAUGUAUUAUUUGCUGUAUGGGUCAUUUUUGUUGUACCUUUUCUGAUUGAUGUUUCGAAGAAUUUCAUCGUGUGGGCAAUUGUAUAAAAGAGUCAUUAUUAUUAGUUUUUUUGUUGUUGGUUUUUUUUUUUGUGAUUAAUCAUGUACAAAAUAAAUGUUUUGUAUUUACAUGAUGUAAAGGUGUGUUGGGCAUUGGGCCUAUAUAUAAUGUAUAUACCUUUAUAUAAUUUAGAAAAGCCCUGAAUGGUUAAUUUCCUAUCUCUACAACAAUAAUAUUGAGUAAAAGUUGCUUCCAUAAUCACACAUUCAGACUUUCUCUUUAAUAUUAUAAUUUAUAGACAGUAAAAGUAUUAUUUGCUUAUUCUAAAUAGGGAAAUCAUAUUAGCAGCCAACGAAUAUCAAAGUGCAACACUGUUCACGGUCAUUUAAAUACUGCUAAUGCUAAUUUAAAGUGAUAUACUUACAGUAUAUGCAAUUUAUAACCGAAUAUUCAAAUUAGAGUGGUAAACAAUAUAGGGAGGGUUAAAAUGAACAAAUGUGCAGAUAUAAAAGCAACAUUACCUCAAUAAUAAUAAUUGGUGUAAAAAUAACGUGUAUGUUAUAAAAAUGUUUGAUCAUAACUCAACCUAAAAUACCUUUAAAUUAGUGAAAAGUUCUCCCACAACUAUGUGCAAUACAGGAAAUUUUGUAAUUCCCCUCACAGAUAACUGAAGGAAACUUCUACCACCAUAGAGGACAUACAGAAUUAAUUACCAAUGUAACAAAGUCUUGUAAUCACAAAUUUCAUAUUGUAGUAUUCUUAGUAUUUACAGUUUAUGUAAGGCAACAAUGUUAACAUUAUUUAACAGAACUGUUUAGCCGGCUACUAAUUCUGAUAUAUAAUUUUUUUAAACUGUUAAAUAAAGUAACUUGUGUUUGGAAA